GAAACCAAUGGACUCAAACGUUAUUGCAGGGCUGCCAAUAGGCGGCUCGGAAGGCGGGCUUCUAUGUGUUUGGGUUCGUGCUUCUGCAGGGAGUGAGACGGCGGCGACAAGGAAAGUUUAUUUUUUGGAGGCGGUGUUUCCCUCCUCCCCCUGCCAUUUGUUUGGAUCUCGAUAUAAGCUGAUAAGGCGGGUAAAGCGGCUCCUGCAGAAGCUCCGAGGAGGAAGCGGUGGGCUUCGCGGGUGCACCGCGGCGAACGGAGAGGCUACGAUCGUGGCUUCUUGUAGUAAUUUGACUUUUGCACUGAAUGUAGCCAGGACGGGUCCUAGUGGGCUUCAGUAGCCCUGAGAAGCUGUCAAGAAUUUCAUAUUUCAGCAGAGUUUUGCACAGAUUCUGUUCCCAUGCAAACUGAUGAGGGAGAAAUUUUGGAAGAAGGCAGUUCCAAGAUGGAACAUGAGGAUUUUGUAAUGGAAGGGCAUGGCAAGACUCCACCUCCUGGUGAAGAAAACAAACAAGAGAAGGAGCAAGAAAAGGAAGAACAGUUAAUGGAAGACAAGAAAAGAAAAAAAGAGGAUAAGAAAAAGAAGGAAUCUACUCAGAAGGUCACAGAUCAAAAAACCAAAGUGCCCGAAGCGACAAAAACAAGUUUAAGCCAACCAGUGACCGCCAGCCCAAUUGGCAGCUCUCCAUCGCCACCUAUAAAUGGUGGUAAUAAUGCCAAAAGGGUGGCAGUGCCGAAUGGUCAACCGCCAAGCGCCGCCCGCUACAUGCCUCGGGAGGUGCCGCCGCGAUUUCGUUGCCAGCAGGAUCACAAAGUGUUAUUGAAACGUGGGCAGCCUCCUCCGCCAUCUUGUAUGCUCCUUGGGAGUGGAGUAGGACCUACUCCCUCUCCAGCACCUGGAGUAAAUCCAAACAACGCACAACCCGUAACAGGCGUGCUACUGCCAUGUGACAGUGGGACUGCAUCCGAUUCAACAACUGGAGGUGCUGCUGCUUCAAAUUAUGCAAAUUCCACUUGGGGUCCUGGAGUGUCCUCCAACAGCACCAAUGUCAACCCUACUCACGUCUGGGACAAGGUGAUUGUAGACGGGUCUGACAUGGAAGAGUGGCCUUGUAUUGCUAGCAAAGAUACUGAGUCUUCUUCCGAAAACUCCACAGACAACAACAGUGCCUCAAACUCCGGCUCAGAGAAGAGCACUCUGCCGGGAAGCACCACUAGCAACAAAGGAAAAGGAAACCAGUGCCAGUCUGGAAGCUCUGGUAAUGAAUGUAAUCUUGGGGCCUGGAAAUCCGACCCUAAGACUAAACCUGUUCAAUCUUCCAGUCCUGCAGCAGAGAGUAAUGGUGGUCUAGCAAGCUGGAGAAACUUGAGUGGGCAGGAUAGAAUUGGCCCCAACCCUGGCUUCAGCAAUUUUAACCCAAAUAGCAACCCAUCUGCUUGGCCAGCACUAAUUCAGGAGGGUAAUUCAAAGAAAGGGACUUCAGAAACUGAUAAUGGUGGUUCCAAUGCACAGAUUAGUACAACAGGUCAGACUUCUAGGGAACAGCAGUCAAAGUUGGAAAAUGCGGGUGUUAACUUUGUUUCUGGCAGAGAACAGGCUCAAAUUCAUAACACUGAUGGACCAAAAAAUGGAAAUGCUAUAUCCUUGAACUUAAGUUCACCAAACCCGGUAGAGAAUAAGGGAAUGUCCUUUGAAAUGGGCUUUGGGAACCCCUCCAGGAGCACUGAUGCCCCUUCACAAAGCACUGGAGAGAGAAAAACUGGGAAUGUUGGGUCUUGGGGUACAGCUAGGGGGCCUUCUGGAAUGGACAGUGCUCCUAAUCAAAGCAAUUCUGGAAAUCAUGGGAACAAUGGGAAGGAUAGGGAAGACUUAUGGAAGGGAGCUUCUGUUCAAAAAUCGAAUGGGUCAAGAAAUGAAUCUUGGGAUAACAGUAACAGGUCUACGGGUGAUGGGUCUUGGACCAUUGGCCCUCAACACUCUGGUGAAAGUAAAUGGAAUGAAGGGAACAAAAUGACAUCAGGGAUGUCUCAGGGAGAAUGGAAACAGCCGUCUGGGUCUGAUGAACUGAAGAUUGGUGAAUGGAAUGGUCCAAACCAACCAAAUUCUAGCACUGGAGCAUGGGACAAUCAAAGGGGCCACCCGCUUCCUGAAAACCAAGGUAAUUCCCAGGCUCCCUGUUGGGGAAGAUCUUCCAGCUCCACAGGAAGUGAGAUUGGAGGUCAAAGCACUGGAAGCAACCAUAAAGCAGGAAGCAGUGAUAGUCAUAAUUCUGGACGUCGAUCAUACAGGCCUACACAUCCUGAUUGCCAGGCAGUUUUGCAAACUUUAUUAAGCAGGACUGAUUUGGACCCCCGAGUGCUUUCAAAUACUGGUUGGGGUCAAACUCAAAUCAAGCAAGAUACUGUUUGGGACAUAGAAGAGAUGCCAAGAGCUGAGGGAAAGGUUGAUAAAGGUACUGAGGGGUGGGAGAGUUCUGCCAUACAGACAAAGAGCUCAGGGGGCUGGGGAGAUGCACCCAGCCAAAGCAAUCAAAUCAAGUCUGGAUGGGGUGAGCUUUCUACUCCAACGGAAUGGAAAGAGCCCAAAAACACUGGAGGAUGGAAUGAAUACAAGAGCAAUUGCUCUAACUGGGGAGGAGGAAGACCAGAUGAAAAAGUAACAGCAUCUUGGAAUGAGAAUUCCAACAAGGACCCAGGAUGGAAUGGGCGGCCACCUAAUCAGGGAUGGUCUUCUGGGAAGAAUGGCUGGGGAGAAGAAGUUGACCAAACAAAAAAUAGCAAUUGGGAAACUUCAGGUAACAAGUCAAUAUCAGGUUGGUGUGAAGCUGGCCAAAAUGAGAUUGGCACUUGGGGUAAUAAUGCAAAUUCAAACUCUUCUUCUAAAGCAGGGUGGGAUAAUAGUAAAAGAACUCCAGCGUGGAAUGAUACUGGUAGACAACCCAAUUCCUGGAAUAAUCAGCAACAACAGCACCAUCAGCAGUCAGAGGCACCUAGUUCCUGGGACCCACCACCACCAUCACAGCCUCCAGGUAAUGGAAGGCUACCCAAUUCUAACUGGAACAGUGGGCCACAGUCAACUGUCUCAAAGGAUGAAGAACCCAGUGGCUGGGAAGAACCAUCCCCCCAAUCAAUUAGUCGUAAAAUGGAUAUUGAUGAUGGCACCUCAGCAUGGGGAGACCCCAGUAGUUACAAUUAUAAGAAUGUGAACCUGUGGGACAAGAAUUCACAAAGUGGACAAGCUUCACGAGAGCAGAACCUCCCUACUCCAAGACCUAGCAAAGUAGCAGCCUCAGUCUGGAACAAAAGCACACCUCCUGCACCAGAUAAUGGUACCGCUGCUUGGGGUGAACCAAAUGAAACUAGUCCUGGAUGGGGCGAAGUUGAUGAUGCGGGGGCUUCUACCACUUGGGGAAAUGGAUCCUCCAGUGCAUCAAAUGCCAUAAAAUCUAAUUCCAAAUCACCUCAAGAUGGCUGGGGUGAUAAUGAUGGGCCAGUAUCAGGAACGCGGCAUUCCAGCUGGGAAGAGGAAGAGGACGGAGGAGUCUGGAACACAGCGGGCUCUCAGGGAAGCAGUUCCUCCCAUAAUUCAGCUAGUUGGGGACAAGGAGGAAAGAAACCACAAAUUAAGUGUUCAUUAAAAGGAGGAAGUAGUGAUUCAUGGAUGAAUACCUUAUCUGAUCAGAUUUCAAAUAUGGGAUUGCUGAAUCAAACUGAGGAUACUUCGGGCAAUAAAAUGGACUUAUCAGUAGGUGGUCUCCAAGAUAAGAAGUUUGAUGUAGACAAACGAGGCAUGAAUCUUGGAGAUUUUCAUGACAUAAUGAGAAAGAGUCGGUCUGGUUUUCGUCCUCCUAGUUCCAAAGAUAUGGGAAACCCAGAUAGCGGGCCUUACUUUGAAAAGCUGACUUUGCCUUUCUCCAAUCAAGACGGGUGCCUUGGGGAAGAGGCUCCCUGCUCUCCCUUCUCCCCUUCUCCCAACUACAAGCUAUCUCCUUCUGGUUCCACAUUACCCAACGUCUGCCUUGGGGCAAUCGGCUCAGGGCUCAACCCCCAAAACUUCGCUGCUAGACAAGGUGGCAAUCAAGGUCUGUUUGGAAAUAGCACAGCACAAUCGAGAGGGAUGCACCCACCGGUGCAGCCACUAAAUCCUUCCCCCAAUAUCCGGGCACAAGUGCCACCUCAAUUUCUUUCUCCCCAGGUUUCUGCCUCCAUGCUUAAGCAAUUUCCUAACAGUGGUCUGAACCCAGGUCUUUUCAAUAUGGGGCCCCAACUUUCUCCUCAACAGAUUGCUAUGCUGAGCCAACUUCCACAGAUUCCCCAGUUUCAGCUUGCAUGUCAACUACUCCUCCAGCAGCAACAACAGCAACAACAACAACAACAACUGUUACAAAAUCAGAGAAAAAUUUCCCAAGCUGUACGACAACAACAGGAGCAACAGCUUGCUCGUAUGGUAAAUGCCCUUCAACAACAGCAAAGGCAACCUGGCAUGAAGCAUUCUCCAUCCCAUCCAGUUGGACCUAAGCCUCAUUUAGACAGUAUUGUAUCUAGUGGUCUAAAUGUGGGUCUCUCGGAUAUAUCAACCAAAGGGCAGAUUCCUGGAUAUAAUUCAGGUUUUGGUUCAAGUAGCAUGGAUUAUGGCAUGGUAGGAGGGAAAGAAACCGGAACGGAAUCUCGCUUUAAACAGUGGACUUCUAUGAUGGAUGGAUUGCCACCUGUGGCUUCCCAAGAUGGCAGUAUGCACAAAAAUGGGACGAUUGUGCCCCCUGGAAAAGCCAGAGGGGGAUCUCCCUAUAACCAAUUUGAUAUAGUUCCUGGUGACCCACUGGGCAGUCAUACAGGUCCCGCUGGUGAUAGUUGGCUACCUGCCAAAUCCCCACCAACAAGUAAAAUUGGAAGCAAAUCCAGCAACGCCAGCUGGCCACCAGAAUUUCAGCCAGGAGUGCCAUGGAAAGGUAUUCCAAACAUUGAUCCUGAAUCUGACCCUUAUGUGACCCCCGGAAGUGUGCUGGGAGGUACAGUCACAGCCCCCAUUGUAGAUACGGAUCACCAACUUCUGCGGGAUAACAGCACAGGGUCUAACUCUUCCCUCAACACCUCGCUGCCUUCACCUGGUGCCUGGCCCUACAGUGCCUCUGACAAUUCUUUCACAAAUGUUCAUAGCACUUCAGCAAAAUUCAGUGAUUACAAAUCAACAUGGUCCCCAGAUCCCAUAGGACCUAAUCCCAAUCAUCUCUCUAACAAGUUAUGGAAAAACCAUAUUUCCUCAAGAAACACUACAGGGCUGCCACGCCCACCUCCUGGUCUGAGUAAUCCGAAAACAUCCUCUCCCUGGAGCAGCACAGCGCCCCGCUCACUCAGGGGGUGGGGGGCACAGGAUUCAAGGCUUGCCUCUGCCUCUACUUGGAGUGAUGGUGGUUCUGUACGUCCCAGCUACUGGCUGGUUCUUCACAAUCUCACUCCACAGAUUGAUGGGUCAACUUUAAGGACCAUCUGCAUGCAGCAUGGUCCAUUGCUGACAUUCCAUCUUAACCUGACCCAAGGCACCGCCCUUAUCCGAUACAGCACCAAGCAGGAGGCAGCUAAGGCCCAGACUGCACUGCACAUGUGUGUUUUGGGAAACACUACCAUCCUGGCUGAGUUUGCAACAGAGGAGGAAGUUAGUCGCUUUCUGGCACAAGCUCAGCCUCCUACUCCUGCAGCAACCCCCAGCGCACCCACUGCAGGCUGGCAGUCUCUUGAGGCAGGACAGAAUCAGACAGAUCCAGUUGGACCUGCUUUGAAUCUUUUUGGUGGGUCAACAGGGCUUGGGCAGUGGAGCAACAGUGGUGGCGGCAGCAGUGGGGGUGACCUUGCUGGUGCUUCAUUAUGGGGGCCUCCGAAUUAUUCUUCAAGUUUAUGGGGGGUUCAGAGUGUAGAAGAUCCCCACAGAAUGGGAAGCCCUGCUCCCUUACUACCUGGAGACCUUCUAGGCGGAGGGUCGGAUUCAAUCUGAACUUUAAACUUUCAACUCUGACCUCGUGACCUUUUUGGAACAGCAGCAGCACUAACUUGACCUUUUCUUUUUUUUCAACUUGCAAUAAAUACAUUUUAAAAGGAAAAAAGAAAAUGGAGAGAGAAAAAAGGUGGGUCAUUGACAGGACCGUCUGAGCACAUAGUUGCCUCCCUUACAACUUCAGUUUUUUCGUUUGGAAUAUGAAUCCAAAAAGAGAACAUAUCACUCUUGAAAUACUUGAAUCAUGAACGCCAACUUAGAAAGACAAUGUGAAGCAAGUACACAUACCAUUUAAAUCUAAACACAAAAAAUUAAAAAAAUUAGUUUCUAGUUUUUCACUUUUUCAUGUUAUAUGGAAGAUGUUGCUGAGAAA